UCAUUCCUGUUUUCGUUUCUGUAAUUUUUGAGAUACCAAACGCGCUCAAACAACACUCAUUUUGGGUUUUAAGCUUUACAUUCCGACCGAGGGAAAUGCUCUUAAACCCUCCUCGUUCCCGCAUUUCCAGAGGCUCAGUCGCUGAGCGUUAGCUAAACCCUUGCCCUUUGAACUCAUUCGAGCAAACAAUGGAAGUCACAGUCCUGAACAGACCAUAUCCACUUCCGGGAUUAUGCAGCCAAGCUUCUCCAAAUAGUCUUAUUUUGAAAUUAUCCUUGCAACCUGCAAAGCUGAAAAAAUCCAGAAAGCUUUCACGCCAAAAAUCCAUCUUUCUUGCUUCGGCUUCAGGAAAUCAAAGUGGGUCCGAGAGCUUUUCUUGGUUCAGUUUGAAUCAGUCGGUUCGGCGUGGAUCAGAGCGGUUCCUAUCGAAAUUCGGUGAGUUGUUGAGGAGGGAGACUGGGUUUGAUUUGGAAGAUAACCGUGGGAAGGUUGCUGGGUUUGUGGGUCUGAUUAGGGAAGCGGCAAAGAAGGGCGAGGCCGAGUUGGUUCCUGAGUUCAUAUAUUGGAACAAAUGGGAACGAUGGAAGGAUGUCAAGAAUUGGGAACCUAAACGAAUUGUUGCUUUGGUAUUGUACAUUUUAAUUGCAAUAAUUUCUUGUCAAAGAUUAUAUUCAGCAAUUCAAGUGCCACGCCUGGAUCGACAAAGAAAAGAGUUAACUGAGGCUUACAUGGAGGCAUUGAUUCCCGAACCAAGUCCACGUAAUAUUAGGAAGUUUAAGAAGAGUAUGUGGAGGAAGACAACACCCAAAGGCUUGAAAAUGAAGAAGUUUAUUGAAGGACUUGAUGGUACCCUUGUUCAAGAUAGUUCUUAUGUCGGAGAAGAUGCAUGGGAGGAUGAUCCAGAAUCUCCUCAGGAAAAUGUAGAACAGAUUAUUAAUAGCAACUUAAGAUUGAGCACAGAAGAAAAGAGGGCGCUAAGUGAAGACUUGGGCAUUUUAGAACAAGAAAAUAGGGAAACAUGGCGUGAGAGGCUUUCUACAUGGAAGGAAAUUCUGAGGAAGGAUAAGUUGGCUGAGCAAGUUAAUUCCUUAAAUUCCAAGUAUGUUGUUGAAUUUGACAUGAAAGAGGUGGAGAAUAGUCUUUGCAAAGAUGUGGUGAAAAAGAUGACAGACACACAAGGAGCGAGGGCACUAUGGAUAUCUAAGAGAUGGUGGCGCUACCGUCCGAAACUUCCUUACACUUAUUUCCUUCAAAAGCUUGAUUGCUCUGAGGUGGCUGCUGUUGUAUUUACCGAGGAUCUGAAAGGAUUGUAUGUAACAAUGAAAGAAGGUUUUCCAUUAGAGUACAUUGUUGAUAUUCCCCUUGAUCCUUAUUUGUUUGAAAUUGUCUCAAGUUCUGGGGUUGAAGUAGAUCUCUAUCAAAAGCGGCAAAUACAUUACUUUCUUCGAGUUUUGAUUGCACUACUACCUGGAAUACUGAUUUUGUGGUUCAUUAGGGAGUCCCUGAUGCUAUUACACAUAACUUCAAAGCGCUUUCUUUAUAAGAAGUACAAUCAACUUUUUGACAUGGCUUAUGCGGAAAACUAUAUCCUUCCUGUUGGAGAUGGUGGUGAAACAAAUUCAAUGCAUAAAGAAGUAGUGUUGGGGGGUGAUGUGUGGGAUCUUCUGGAUGAGUUAAUGAUUUAUAUGGGAAACCCCAUGCAAUACUAUGAAAAAGACGUGAACUUUGUUCGGGGUGUUCUUCUUUCCGGACCCCCAGGGACAGGAAAAACACUGUUUGCACGGACACUUGCAAAGGAGAGUGGGAUGCCUUUUGUUUUUGCCUCAGGUGCAGAGUUCACCGACAGUGAGAAGAGUGGCGCUGCAAGGAUCAAUGAAAUGUUUUCUACUGCAAGGAGAAAUGCACCUUCAUUUUUCUUUGUGGAUGAAAUUGAUGCUAUUGCUGGCAGACAUGCAAGAAAGGAUCCACGCAGAAGGGCAACGUUUGAAGCUCUAAUUUCACAGCUUGAUGGAGAGAAAGAAAAAACUGGUGUUGAUCGGUUCUCACUUAGGCAAGCUGUGAUAUUCAUCUGUGCGACUAAUAGGCCAGAUGAAUUGGACCUGGAGUUUCUUCGCCCUGGACGCAUUGAUCGCCGUUUGUACAUUGGUUUACCUGAUGCAAAACAGAGAGUGCAAAUUUUUAAUGUGCAUAGUGCAGGAAUGCAACUUUCUGAAGAUGUUGACUUUGGAAAGCUUGUCUUCCGCACAGUCGGAUAUUCUGGGGCAGAUGUUCGAAACCUCGUCAAUGAAGCAGGAAUAAUGUCUGUGAGGAAAGGACAUUCCAAGAUCCAACAGCAAGAUAUUAUUGAUGUGUUGGACAAACAAUUACUUGAAGGUAUGGGUGUCCUUCUCACUGAGGAAGAGCAGCAGAAAUGCAAAGAAAGUGUUUCUUUUGAGAAGAAGAGACUACUGGCUGUGCAUGAAGCUGGUCACAUAGUGUUGGCACACUUGUUUCCUCGAUUUGAUUGGCAUGCUUUUUCUCAACUCCUGCCUGGUGGAAAGGAGACUGCAAUUUCUGUUUUCUAUCCUAGAGAAGAUAUGGUAGAUCAAGGAUAUACAACUUUUGGCUACAUGAAAAUGCAAAUGGUUGUUGCUCAUGGCGGGCGUUGUGCUGAACGUGUUGUAUUUGGCAAUGACAUAACUGAUGGAGGAAGGGAUGAUCUGGAAAAGAUAACAAAGAUUGCUAGAGAGAUGGUCAUUAGCCCAGGGAACUCAAGGUUGGGGCUUACUGCAUUAACGAAAAGAAUAGGACUGGUGGAUCGACCAGAUAAUCCAGAUGGCGAGUUGAUAAAAUAUAGGUGGGAUGAUCCUCAAGUAAUUCCUGUGGAUAUGUCAGUUGAAGUGUCUGAACUAUUUACUCGAGAAUUAACAAGGUACAUUGAAGAGACAGAAGAGUUGGCAAUGAAUGGUUUGAAGAACAACAGGCAUAUUCUGGAUAUGAUAGCGAAGGAAUUGCUGGAAAAAUCAAGAAUAUCUGGAUUGGAAGUUGAGGAGAGAAUGAAGGGUCUAUCGCCCGUAAUGUUUGAAGAUUUUGUUAAGCCAUUCCAGAUAAACUUGGAAGAGGAGGGCCCACUGCCACACAAGGACCAGGUUCGAUUUCAACCCCUGGACAUAUAUCCUGCACCGCUUCACCAAUAUUAAAAAAACAAAAUCCCAUCCCGGCACCACCCUCCCAGAUUCUUGGGUGCUCCAUGUAAUGCUUGAUGGUUACUUUCCUGUAAUGUACGAGCUGAGAAGAGUUCAAUUGCCUGGUCACAAAGCCAAUCAACCAUGUGCGGACAGCCACCUCUGAUUCUUAUAUUUUGGGAAGCUACUGCAGGCUGCAGCCCAUCAGUGGAUAAGCUUUGAAGACAUCAACAAACUAGGUGGCAAUUGUUAUGGUUUUAUUUGAGAAAGGCUCUGAGGAAUGCUUUCCCAGCAAUUUUGUUUUUCAAUUAUUUAUUUAUUUAUUGAUUUAGUUCAUAAUGCAAUUUUCAUUGAAGUUUUAAUCACAUCAAAUGUAGCAAUGAUCUUGAUAUUUUACUGUAAGCGGUUCCGUAUGUGAUAGUUAUCUAUGUAUAAUGAUGAACUCUAAAGAAGGAAGGUUUAUCACGAUGCAGAAGCCAUUGUUCUCCUGUGCAA